AUGCCAAUCCAAACUGAUAAAAAGAUUAAAGCAAACAGGCCAGACAUAGUGGUAAAAGAUAAGGAGGAGAGAACUUAUAUGCUCAUCAAUAUGUCUAUCCCCACAGAAAGGAAUACUCCCUUGAAAACAGCAGAAAAACUCUCCAAGUACAAAGAUCUUGGGAUCGAAAUCGAGAAAACAUGGGGAAUGAAACCAACAACCGUCCCAGUGAUCAUUGAAGUUCUUGGGCUUGUUAAGAAGGGAAUAAAAACCUACAUUGGCAAGAUCCCAGGCAAUAUCAGAAUAGUAGAGCUACAGAAGACUGUUCUCCUUGUCCAUCAAGUAAUCCAGCAGACUUAUGACUGCCCUAGGCUCAUUGAUUGA